CCAAUGUCUUUUAAUCUAUCGGUCUCAUGAGCCAGGCUAUAAAUAUGAACUUCGCUUCAAGUCAAACAUUUUUCAUUUGUUAAAGGGUGAUCUUCUGACAGCAAAGAUGUGGAAGUUUGUCCUGUUAGCGUGUGUGGGCGUGGUAUUAGCCAAAGGCCCAUGCACCCAGAAGAACGAUGAUAAUGCGAGGCUGCUGGAGGAAGCCAGGGCCAAGGGCACCGACAUCAUGGACCUACCAUACUUUAGAUGCGAAGAAGAUGGAACUUUCGCCAGGGUGCAGUGCUACGGAGCAUCUGGGUACUGUUACUGCGCCGCCAAGGAUGGCACUUCCAUUGGCGAUCACAACAACAACAACAUGGAAGGAAAGGGGGCGGGCGUGGGCAACGGCAUGAAUUGCAAUUGUGCCCGUGAUUUCUACGAGUAUCAGCAGACUGGUCUGAUCGGAAAGUCAUUCUCAUGUGAAGACAAUGGGAACUACAAAGCCGUCCAGUGUCUCGGCAGUGUCUGCUACUGCGCUGAUGAGCUUGGAAACAAUGCCGGCAAUGGUGGCGUACCUAUUGGAGAGAGUGAUACACUACAAUGCUAAAGCCUUAAAUGUUGUCGUCCCUCUGUGUGUAUCUGGGACUUCCACUAUCUGAUGAUUAAAGGUUGAUAAAGAUCAGCACGUUUCUCCA